AUUUCUCGCCGCUGUGUUGAGUUUUCUUCUCUUUCUCCCUAACUUCCGAUCAAAAUUAUCACGGCGUCUACCGUCGCUAACGGUGUCAUUCCUUAACGGUAGAUUGCUCCUUAAAGAAAUAUAUAUAUAGAGAGAGAGAGGGAAGGAAUUUGAUUAUCGGUGGAUAUAAAGACGGUCAACCCUAAACACAUGUGAAGAAUCUGAUGCCUUGUUAUCGUCUUCAAGCAAUCUCGGAUUGAUAAAAACUGAGAAAACCAUACGAACAAUCUGUCAGAUCUUUGUGGAAAGACCGUAUCUUUAAGGGAGUUGAUGGUUCUGAUCUGCGAAUCAACAACGUUGAACCUCCUAGCCUAUGAUUAGAGAUUUCGAAUAUUCUCUUUUUGCGUUUGGGUUUGUUUCUAUAAAGAAGAGCUUUUGAGUUUUACUCUUGCGUGUGGGCAUUUCAAUAACUCUUGUUAAUCUCUGAGGAAGCCAUGGAAGAGUCUUCCCAGGGGAGUUUUGUUGCAACCAUAAACGAAGAGUAUGAAACAAUUUGCUGGGGCUGUGGACUUAACCUUGUUCUUCCUUCAUACGCACCUGUUUUCAAGUGUGGCUGGUGUGGUGCCAUCACCAAUCAGAAUCCAGUCAGAGUUGAAACCAGAAACUUUGGGUUGAGACGGUUCCGUGACCGCUGCUUUGUUGUUAUUCUUGCUGUCUUUAUGCUCUUUGUCAUAUGUGGUGGGAUUUGGGCAGCGUUUCCAGUCAUGUUUUCGAUCAGCUUGGCUUGUGGGAUUUUCCAUUCUGUUACAGCAGUGUCUCUAGCGAUAUCAACAUUAUCAACCUUCAUUCUUGUUGCUUUUAAGUGCGCCGGGAAACCGAUUGAUAUUGUUUAUGGAACCCACCCUGGAGUAGGGAGCGGCGCACUUAACAACUAUACCUUUUGUCCCCACUGCUCCAAACCAAAGUCACCUAGAACCCAUCACUGUCGCACCUGUGGCAUGUGUGUCCUCGACAUGGAUCAUCAUUGUCCCUUUAUUGGUAACUGUGUUGGUGCAGGUAAUCACAAAAACUUCAUCGCUUUCCUUAUCUCGGCCGUCAUAAGCACAAUCUACGCUUCGGUUAUGUGUGUUUAUACCUUGAUUCAUAUCUUGCCACCACUGGAAAACCAAGCAGCGUAUGCAUCCGACAUUGCACAUGCUAAUAGUUUAUCGGUUCUGGGAGUGGUGAAGAAUAUCAUGCUUGCUUACAUAGCGAACGCUCUCUUCUUCUCUGUUCGAGGCCUUGUUCUGGUAUACCUCUUUGUGGCGAGUUUUUCAGUAGCGAUUGGGCUGAGUAUUUUGCUAUGGCAACAGCUUAGCUAUAUCUAUGAAGGCAAAACAUACUUAAGCCAUUUAAGUUCUCAGGGAAGUGAGGAAGAUGGUGAAAAGAGCUGCGGGAAUCUAUUGACGUUUUUUGGAUGUCCGCUUUUGAUUGAAAGGUAUUUGCCAACUGUAAGGAACUUGAGGAAGAGACAUAAGACAUAAGAAGAGAAUGGUGAGGUGAAGAUGUUUGUUCUGUUUCCUCGUGCAAUAUUUGGAGCUUGUUUUUGGUCAUUCAGGAUACAUUAAUCAUAUACUUGGAGCUGACAGGUUAAUGGAUAUGAGCAAAGUUUGUAUCAGGUUUUUGCGAAAACUCGUGUUCAUAGAAUAUGGUACAUUUUUGUUUCAAGAUUGUAAAUUUCUGUUUUCCUGACAUGCCUUGAAUUAAAAUCUCUUUACCACUAAUCAAUGACUUAAAGACUGUGGUUUAGUGCAGCCCAAAGCUAUAUUUCAU